AUGUGCUCCCUUAUGGGCAAUUUUUUUAUCAGCGAGGGCAAGCAGGGCAAUGUUCUCAGAGUGCGCGCCAAGGGUCGCGAGUCCAUUGUUGAUAUUAUAACAAUAAUUCAAAGCAUUCUCCACAGACACUUCUAUGAAGAGGAUCGUACUGUUGCUUUAGGUGGUGUUCUUCAGAUGAGGAAUGGACGAGUGGCACAAAACGUUAUGCCGGAACAAUAUCCGCCGCGGGUGUCAUCAUUUAUCGAUCUCGCUAGAUGGUUUAAAUGUCACGACCUACAACUUAAAUCAGAUCUGAUAGCUGUUGGUACAGUUAUUAACACCGAACCGGAUAUUUUGUAUGAGGAACAGCGUUACGAUUCUCCUCUGCCGAGAAGGCACCAUCAGUUCCAUAGUUUUUCCACUGACGGAGUAGGCGGCCAAACGAUAACUAAAUUACCCGGAUCCGAGUAA